GAAGCGGCCGAGCCGGCGCUGAGGGCCCGCCCGCCAUGGAGGCCCCGCGGGCGCUGCCGCUGCUCUCGGUGCUCUCGGUGCUGCUCCUGCUGCUCCUGGGGCUCUGCGCCGCCGACGCCUCGCAGAACGGCGGAUCUCCCGGGGCGUCUCAGGGAGCCGGAGCAGGUGACAGCGGGGACCACAGCAACACAGCGAACACAGCCCCAGGGAAUGGAAACGGGCAGCAAAACAACGGUAACUCCGGCAAUGGCAACGCCCAACCAGACACGAGCGGCGGGACCAACACGGGUGAAAACACGGCAAACAAACAGCAGGACAACAGCGUGACUGGAAACGGCAGCGACGACGACAAACAGAAGAAACAGAAAGAGGAAGAGGAGCCACAGAAAGGCAGCGACACAGAGACUGCUCAGGAGGGCCAAGGUACAAAAGGCAGUGAUGGAACCAGCAGAGGAGGAGGCGGGGGACAAGGAGGUGGAAGCCAGAGCAGCAACAGUGGUAACACGGACAGUGGUAACACAGGCAAGACAAACAGUGAGGGGCAGGACAACGCAGGCAGCAGCACUGGUGUCCAGGGCCAGCCAGGCAGUGGCCCUGGCAGCCAGGGCGAGGCAGGGACCAGCAGUGAUGGACAGGGCAGUGAUGGCCAGAGCCGUAAAGAGCCCAACACUGCAGGCACAGGCAGCCAGAGCAGUGGCACUGGUGGCCAGGGCAGCACAGCGACCAGCACUAACGGUGAAAGCGGCAGCCAGAGUGAAAACAAUCAGCAGAACAGUGUCAAUGAGAACGGCCAGGCUGGCAGCCAGGCAGGGGGCACCGAGGAGCAGGACAGCAAGAAUGACAAGAGCAAGAACGGCAGUGAGAAGGGCAGUGAGAGCACAAAUGGCAGCCCCGAGCAGAGCACCGACCAGAACAGCAGCAACAAGGACCAGGGCAACAACAACAAGCAAACUGAUGGCAAGGAGAGCGAGAACACAAAUGGCAUCACCAACCAGAACAGCAACACCCAGGACAACAACAACCAGGAUGGCACCAACCAGGAGCAGGCCAAUACCCAGAGUGGCACCAACCAGGACAACAAUGACAGAAACCAGGCUGGCACAAACGGGGCCAGCAGGCAAGGAGGGCAGCAGCCCCCGGCUGAGAGCCAGGGCAGUGCUGCUGGCGAGCAGCCCCACGGCCAGGACAGUGCUCAGAGCUCCCAGGAGGAGCAGAGCGCCGUGCCACACUCUGCUGCCCCCGCUGGGGACGGCGACAGCUCCCUGGAGAACGACGAGAGCACCCUGGAGGAGGCGGCCAAGGCUGAGGAGGGCAGCGACCCCUCCCAGGAACAGGACGGGGACAGGAGUGUCCCCUCCCUGCCCAGGCCCCGCUCGGAGAGCAGCCACUUCUUUGCCUACCUGGUGACCACGGCUGUCAUUGUGGCAGCCCUGUACGUGGCCUACCACAACAAACGCAAGAUCAUUGCUUUUGCUCUGGAAGGAAAAAGAUCCAAAACUGGUCGGCGGCCCAAAUCUGGUGAUUAUCAGAGACUGGAUCAGAAGAUCUGAUUCCUGCUCAGAGGAUGGCGGGGAUGCAGUGCUGCCACAGCUGGAUUCCAGCCCACGGGGAGGAAGGAGGGCAGACGCUUUUUGUUUUGCACCUGCACCUUGAUAAAACCUCUCACUUCCCUGAAUUGCUCCUUUCCCAGCUGCCUUGUUUUCCCCCUGGGCGCCUGGCUGCUGGAAGAGCCAGACCCAGGAUUUGUGUCCCAGUGCCAUGGGAUUUGCCGUCUGCUGGACUGACCCCUCCUUUUGGGGGGAAUUGAGGAUGUGCUGCACAAUGAGCCACGGGACUGUCCCUUCCUGGGGACGGAGCUGCCCCGGUCUCCUCCUGCCCCUCCUUCUCCACCUGCUGGUUUGGCUGCUCAGGUUGGGAGCACCUGGCUUCUCUUGUUUGGCGUUGGCCCAGCACUGGCUCAGGUUUGGGGUUUCUCUCCCUGAUGAGCCUCACACCCAGAUUCCCGUUCUCACACGCACCUCUGGCUGUGCUGAAGCAGUUUUUGUAGCUCAAACCCCUCGUGCUCCAUGCAGGUCUCUUCCCUCCCAGUGCUCCCAGUUCAGCUGUGCACACUGGGGGUGUUUGUGGUGGUGUGGUGGUGGAGGAGGGGGUCAGGCUGGGCAAUCCGUGCCCUGUUGGCUCAGGGAUUCAGAUGGGAGCGUUGCUUCCUGCCCUGGUCAGGAGGGAAUGCCAAUCCCUGAGGGCUUUGGGAUGAGGGAGGCUCCCAGUCCCUCCAGUGCUGGACUGGUGCUGGUCAGCCCAAGGGUUGGUGCCCCGCUUACACCUGUGAGGUUUUCAUUCCUGCAGCUCUGCUCCCCACAGGUUUCUGCAAGCUGGGAUGUUUCUGGAGAGGGCACAAAGCACCUGCUUAGCUCCUGAUUUAGAUUUUCCCAGAAAAAUAAGGAUUUGGGGAGCCCAGAGCUCCAGCUGCGCCACAUCGGGUGCCAGGCGUGUGCCACUCCUGCACUGACUGCAUGGAAGAGUCCCAGGAUGGUUAAAUUCCCGUUAAAUGGUUAAAAAAUUAAAUUAAAAUUUUCU